AUGUUGAAGCGCAUGAUUGUUGGUAUUAUUAUUGCUAUUUUGAUAACAAUAGCGGUUGCUAUCACAUUAGCAGUAGUUGUCACAAGAAAAAGGGACACAACGGACAAAACGACAAUGGGAACAACAGCAGUAACAACAAGUACCAUGACACCAGGUUCAACAUCUACAGUAACAACAAGUACCAUGACACCAGGUUCAACAUCUACAGUAACAACAAGAAUGACAACGUCCACAUUCACAGUACCACUACGAGCACCUGCUAUUGACAUUCAUCCGAAUGCAAAAUGGACUGAGAAUGGUCUCACUGUGGCUGGAGAAAAUAGGCCAGGCAAUGAAAUCAAUCAACUUUCUUUUCCAUUCGGUCUGUAUGUCGAUGAUGAUCAAACAACUUAUGUCGCUGAUCAGAGGAAUCACCGUAUUAUGGAAUGGCAUUAUGGUGCGACGAGUGGGCAAGUGGUUGCCGGUGGAAAUGGACAAGGAAAUGGAACUCAUCAGUUAAACGAGCCACAAGAUGUGAUUGUUGACAAAGAGAGAGAUAGUCUCAUUAUCUGCGAUAGGGGGAAUGCAAGAGUAGUUCGAUGGCCCCGUCAAAAUGGUACUAAAGGAGAAACAAUCACCUCGAACAUCUCCUGCAUGGGUUUGACAAUGGACGAGAAUGGGUCUCUCUAUAUUGUUGACAAUGAAAAAAAUGAAGUGAGACGAUAUCGAAUUGGUGACACUGAAGGAAUAGUGGUUGCAGGCGGGAAUGGACAAGGAAAUCGUCUCGAUCAACUCUCUAACCCCUACUACGUAUUUGUCGAUCGAGAUCAUUCAGUGUACACGUCUGAUGAGGAAAACCAUCGUGUGAUGAAAUGGAAAGAAGGCGCAAAAAAUGGUAUUAUCGUAGCCGGCGGUCAAGGUAGAGGAAAUGAACUUACACAAUUGAAUGGUCCUCAAGGAGUUGUUGUCGAUCAAUUGGGUACUGUCUAUGUGGCUGAGUAUGGGAAUUAUCGAAUCAUGCGCUGGCCAAAAGGAGCCACGCAAGGAAGUGUCAUUGCUGGUGGAAACGGUCCGGGAGAACAGUCAAAUCAAUUCGAUUGGCCUACGGUACCACUACGAGCACCUGCUAUUGACAUUCAUCCGAAUGCCAAAUGGAUACAAAAUGGUCUCACUGUGGCUGGAGGAAAUGGAUUAGGCAAUGGAAGCAAUCAACUAAAUAACCCAUACGGUUUUUAUGUCGAUGAUGAUCAAACUAUUUAUGUCGCUGAUCGGUACAAUAACCGUAUUGUGGAAUGGAAAUAUGGUGCAACGAGUGGUCAAGUAAUUGCCGGUGGAAAUGGAGAUGGAGAUGGAGAUGAUCAGUUAAACAACCCAUUAGAUGUGAUUGUCGACAAAGAGAGAGAUAGUCUCAUCAUCUGCGAUUAUGGGAAUAGAAGAGUAGUUCGAUGGCCUCUUCGAAAUGGUACUAGUGGAAAAACAAUUAUCUCAAACAUCGUCUCUUGUUGGAGUUUGACAAUGGAUGAAAAUGGAUAUCUCUAUAUCGUUGACUCGGGAGAAGACGAAGUGAGACGAUAUCGAAUUGGUGAUUCUGAAGGAACAGUGGUUGUCGGUGGCAAUGGAUAUGGAAAUCGUCUCGAUCAACUCUCUACCCCCCACUAUGUAUUUGUCGAUCUAGAUCAUUCAGUAUACGUGUCUGACUUGAACAAUCAUCGUGUGAUUAAAUGGGAAGAAGGCGCAGAACAAGGCAUUGUCGUUGCCGGUGGCCAAGGACAAAGAAAUAGUCUUACACAAUUGUCAUCUCCUGCAGGAAUCAUUGUCGAUCAAUUGGGCACGAUCUAUGUGGCUGAUAGUGUUAAUCAUCGAAUCAUUCGUUGGCCAAAAGGAGACACACAGGGAAGUGUAAUUGCUGGCGGAAAUAGUCCAGGAGAACAGUCGAAUCAAUUAUACUAUCCCUAUGGUAUAUCAUUCGAUCGACAUGGCAAUCUCUAUGUCGCUGAUCGUGACAAUCAUCGAGUACAAAAAUUUUCAAUCGAACCGACGAUAAAUUAA